AUGCCUACAUCCAUCCCACAAACUAAUUCGCAGGGAAUCCCAAGGCUAAGGCAGCCUCACCAAAAUAACAUCACCGACCAAAUUCCGGGCGCUGCCUCUCUAGAGGACUCCGUUGAUGAUGAUCUGGAUCAAGUUAUCGCUGCGAUUGACAUGCGAGAUUCAGGGACCGUUGGUUGCUCUUAUUAUUCAGCCCAGGAGAAAAAAUUAUACCUACAUGGUGAUAUCAGAUACUCCAAUACUGAGAUAAUCGAUACUUUGAUCCUCCAAGCCAAACCUACCGUGCUUCUGACCUCAACCCGAAUCGACCAUAUAAAUCGCCAAGGACAAGAGUUAGACCGGGAGGAUGGUUCCAGACGCUACCUCCCCUAUCAACUCGAUGUGCGUCCGUCUCAGGAGUUCAAUUUCUCGAAGGCAAUGAACAAAUUGGUAUCGUUAGGGGUAUCAUCGAAACAUGAGGAUCGUAUCAAGUUCCUGGUCCCCCAUAAUGGACUUGCUGAAACAGAUCAAGUCGAUUCGGAAAAUCUCGAUUUUACGUUACAGGAGGGUAGACACUUACAUCUUAGCAGCUUCAUCGACCUGGAGAAUAAAGUAACAAUAGGAUGUGCAGGGGCUAUUCUUACUUAUCUCCAAAGACGCAGAUCCUCAGAUUCACUAUCUGAAGGCAUGACUUCAAGAGUCUACGAUGUUGCACUCUUUGAGAUAUCCACUCUGACUGGGGCUAUGUUUGUUACCACAAGAACUCUAGCAUCGCUUCAGAUUAUGGAAUCUGAGUCUCAUCCAAGCGUGGUAAAUCAAGGGCCAGGCGGGAAGUCAUCUUCAUCCAAAGAAGGCCUCUCCGUUUAUGGUUUAUUCCAACGCUUCGCCUGUACUCCACAGGGGAAACAGUCUCUUCGGCAAAUUUUCCUGCGUCCUUCUGUACAACUCGAUGUCAUCCAAGAACGCCAAAGGUUUAUUAGCGUGUAUCUGCAGGCAGAUAAUUACAAUUCUUUGACCAAGAUGGUGAAAAGCUUGAAGUAUAUCAAAAACCUCCGCCCUGUCAUGAUCAACCUCCGGAAAGGAGUCAACACUGGAAGUGGAAAGGUUUCCGGUUUUAAGGCCACAGUAUGGGCUACUUUGUUAGCAUUUGCGUUCUACGGCAUCGACAUCCACGAUGCUCUCAGGGAAACAUCCGGGGGUAAUGGCCUAGCUGUGCUUCGCAAGGCUUUGCAUAAUUUCGAGGCGGCCCAGCUAUAUAGAGUGGGAAGGAUGAUCCAGGAGAUCGUUGAUAUCGAUAGUUCUGACGAACAGGGAAGAACCACGGUAAAGCCGGGGCUGGACCGAGAACUUGACAGAAUGAAAGACAGCUAUGAUGGGCUUAAUAGCUUGCUCAAGAAGGUUGCUAUACAAAUUGCGACGACCAUACCUGAGAGCCUCGAUAUCGACGUGAACGUCAUAUACUUUCCACAGCUAGGUUUCAAUAUAGCAAUACCUCUUAAGGACACGGGCGAGGCGGCAUACAACGGCUCCAAAGAUGGCUGGGAACUUAUAUUUAUGACGGAAAAUAGGGCAUAUUUUAAGGACUUCAGAAUGAAAGAGAUGGAUGAGAAGCUUGGCGAUAUAUACAGUCUGAUAUGUGAGAAAGAAAUCGAGAUUGUGUAUGAUCUAGCCCAGAGAGUUCUCCAGUAUGAGAAAGUGCUCUUAGAGGCAUCGGAUAUCUGUGGAGAACUUGAUAGUCUUCUUGCUAUGGUCCAAUCAGCGAGUUACUACAAAUUAAUACGUCCGAAAAUUGUGCAGGAUAAUAUCAUUAGAAUCAAUGGGGGCCGUCAUUUUCUACAAGAAUUGGUCGUUCCUUCAUAUGUGCCAAACGAUACUUUCUUAGUGGGAGGCAGGCUUGAAGAGCCUGUGAAUCAGACUCAAAAUACUGUGGAAAUAACUAAGAGAAGAAGUGGCCCAUGUAUGUUAGUAUUAACAGGCCCAAAUUAUUCGGGGAAGAGCGUUUAUAUGAAACAAGUGGCUUUAAUAGUUUAUCUAGCACAGACAGGAAGCUUCAUUCCUGCGGAAAGUGCGGAGAUUGGCGUGGUCGAUAAGAUUCUAGUCAAAUCCAAUUCCCAAGACAGUGUGUCACUAAUCCAAAGCACUUUUAUGAAUGACCUUCAACAAAUCUCAUUUGAUUUGAAACAUAUCACAGCUCGAAGUCUCUUACUGAUUGACGAGUUCGGAAAAGGAACCUGCGAAAACGAUGGCAUUGGGCUUGCUUGCGGAAUUUUCGAGCAUUUACUGAGCCUCGAAAGUGCUCCCAAAGUUAUAGCUGCCACGCAUUUCCAUGAGAUAUUUGAGAACGAACUCAUAGAACUCGCCCGGCCACGAUUACAACUUGGUCAUAUGGAAGUCCGAGUCAGCGAAGAUGCUCAUGAAUCAGAUGAUCAAAUUACCUACCUUUAUAACUUUCGACUCGGGAAAAGUAAUAAGAGCUUCGGAACAGUAUGUGCAGCAAUGAAUGGAAUUAACCAGGCUAUUGUCGACCGCGCAAAUGAACUUGCGUCUCUUUCUGCUCGUGGAGAAAACUUGAUUGCGGCUUGUGCAAGGCUUUCAGCGGAUGAGAUGCAGAUGUUACAAAAUGCGGAGACCUUAGCUAGACGAUUCCUGGAAAUAGAUUUAUCGGGGGCCAAUGAUAGGGAGAAUAUUGGGUUGGUACUGAAGGAGUUGCUUGAUGAAUUAACUCCGCGGCAAGAAUAUAUAUCUUCGGAGGACGACUCCUCGACCCUCAACCAGGUCUAGGCUACUGAAUGAAGGAUUACUACUAGAUGUUUCAAGUCCGACCUCGGAACUUUUUCUGACAUUAGAAAAAUGGGUUUUACGAUGAUUGCGAGAGAUAGGUAGAGUUAAAGAUUAACGGAAGACGAGCACAAGGUUGUAUC